AUGUCCUAUCCGUCAACAGUUCAAGCCAUUGUGAUCUCAAGGACGGGGGGACCCGAGGUCAUUGAGAAACGCGAGAUCCCUUUCUCAAAAGUAGCUCCAGAUCAUCUGGUCGUGAAGGUCCAAUAUCUUGGUGUCAAUUUCAUCGACACCUACUAUAGAGAAGGAUUAUAUCCGCCCCCUAAAUUCCCAUUCGUGAAUGGGCAGGAAGCUAGCGGCGUUAUUGUCGCACUGCCUACAGACGAGUCUGUCUUGAAUGACCCGGAUUACAAGAAGCGUGGGUACAAAGAAGGUUGCCGUGUCGCAGUCGACCAUCUGGGUUCAUAUGCGGAAUACGUUUCUGCACCUUGGAACACGGCAUACGUGAUCCCCGAGUCGGUGUCGACAUUGACGGCUGUCUCGGGCCUCGAGCAAGGAUUGACUGCUAUUUCCUUCAUGGAAGAAGCAUACGACGUGCAAAAGGGUGAUAUCAUCCUCAUUCACACUGUGGCAGGUGGACUUGGACUACUCAUGGCCCAGCUGGCCAAGUCGCGAGGAGCGACGGUCAUAGGAACGACCUCGACGCCUGAAAAGGCCGCCCUUGCGAAAGCUAACGGGGCGGACCACGUUAUCUUGUAUAAGAGCGAGAACACAGUUGCACGUGUACUGGAACUUACAAAUGGAGAGGGCGUCCAUGCGAUCUUUGAUGGUGUGGGUAAAGACACGUUCGAGUCCGACCUCGUAAUGAUCAGGCGGAAAGGCACCCUUGUUUCAGUGGGCAAUGCUUCGGGAGCCGUUCCACCAUUCCCUCCUAUCAGGCUCAUGCAAAAGAACGUGAAGCUUCUCCGGCCUUCCAUGAGCACUUACAUAUGUACCCCAGCAGAAGCGUUCUACUACGGAAAUGCCCUGUUCUCCCUUCUCGCCAACGGCACCUUAAAGCCACAGGUCUUCAAGGAAUACCCAUUCACUGCGGAGGGGGUAAAACAGGCACAAGUCGACCUGACGAGUGGGAAAACUACAGGGAAACUUGUAGUCAAAGUCAGCGAUUGA